AUGUAAGAAGCAGAAAGAAUCAAAGCAUCGAAUAAAGUUUAUUUAGAAAACAAAUUUACACUUAAAAAGAGUUAGCUCUUGGAUUCCAUAAGACUCUAGAUUUCAUAGGUUUAAGAUGAACUCGAGGAAUCCUUCAUCAAAGAUAAAUCAGAGGUUAUAAAUUUGAAAACCAGAAUCAUUGCUCUUCAAAAACAAGUUGAUUCCAAUAAUGAUCUAAUCCUUGAGCAAGAAACUAUCAUCUAGUAGUUAAUGUUUAAAUUAAAAGCAUAAGAACACCACUAAUUACCUCGCAAACAACUUAAUGUAGAUUAAGACUUACUAUUUGAAUUUGAAUAAGAAUUGUCACAACUUAAAGCAUUAUCAAAUAAGCUUAGAUAAAAAGCGAAUCGUUUGUGCAGUUACUUUGUUUGUCUGCAAUUGUAUACUGCGGAUUUAGGUUUAAAAAUUCAAUAAGAUGAUUAUGAUUCCAAUCUUCUAUUUAUGCCAAAGAUUCCAGAUCAUUCCAGUUUGAUUUCUAGUUUACAAGAAUCUGAAAAGACACUAAAGGAAAAGGAUGUAAAAGUUCAAGAGAUUUCAGGGGAGAAUACUGAAUUGAAAAAAGAAAAUUAAAAUCUAAAAAGAUGUCUCAAGAGAUUCAACGCAACUUAGAGUUUAGACAUUUAAAAGCAAUAAACUUUAAUUUAAUAGUUAUAAGAUCAGCUAAAUGAUUAGUAAUUGCUCAUAUCUGAUUACUUUCAUAAAAUAAAAGUAUGUAUUUCUUUAUAAGACAAGCAAUAUGAGCAUUAAAAUUAAUGUAAAUAACUAAAUGAUUUUAUACUCAGAAAAAGGAAAGUCAAAAAUUAACAACCUGUUUUCAAUGUAGAAUUAUUCCACAGAAAGCAUACUCUUGAUGUUUGUAAAUCUAGAGAGGAAAUCGUUCACACAUCUAUAGAACCCAGAAUUCAUUCUAAAACAAUUUAUUAAAAAUAUUGA